AUUGUUUUUAUUUCAACGAAAGAAUUGAUGAAAGUACAAUCUAGUGUAUGCUUGCCGUCCGUUUCAAUGAUGCAUAAUGAUUUUAAAUCAGUCAUUAAGGAAGUUGUUACCAAUAAUGUACCAAAGCUUGACAGGAGUGUCGUCUCUUCAGAAGUUAGUGAAGAGGAUUUGGAAUUGUUAUCUAAAACAAUUAAUUUGUCCGGAUUUGAUGAUAAUAUAUCCCCGUGUAAUCACAUUAAUUUAUUACUUCGCUUUGCCGUAGGAGAGUUCUCCGUAAAUCUGGAAGAUAUGGCGGAUAAUCGAGAACAGCCUUACUUAAAUUUGAGAUUGCACACCUUGUAUUAUGAAACAGCCAUAAUGGAAUACGGCGUUGCUGUUCAAUUUGGCAUUGGAUCGAUUUUUCUGGUUGAUAAGACAAACGCUGGCGUUACCGGAUCGUAUCUAGAAUUGAUAUCCACUGACGAGUCAUAUGAAGUCCUCGUUGUGUCGUAUCGUAAGGUUAAAUCGAAUUGCCCUGAUUUUAAAUCUCAUUUCAAAAAUAUCGAACGCUCGCUGGUUGUGAACCUGUUAAAUAUCAACGUAAACUUUCAUAGAUCUGCGUUGUUGAAAAUGAAAGACUACUGGCAUAAAUUUCAAACUGUGUGUCAUGAUACCCUCUUAUUCAAAUACGCCGACAAGAUAUGCGAUAAUAUUGUAAAACGAGAACAAAAGGACAUUGAUCCACCAAUUCCACCAGGCGCAAUUAAACUUAACUAUUCAACCAGGCUCAGUUCAUUAGUGGUACGUUUCUGCGAUAAAGACAUUGAUUUAAUGGAAAUUAAGAUUUUGGGUUUAGAAAAUGAUUGCAUUUACAAUGCGAAUGAGAGAAUGGUGUUGCGUGCACAUCUCAGGAGCAUACUCGCUGAAGAUCUGAUUGAUGAUACGCUUUAUUCCAAAAUCUUGAUGACUGAUGAAGAUAAAGUUUUUGAUCUGAAAUAUGUGAGACACAUACCAAGAUUAUAUAAAUGCUCUGAUAUCGAUACAAAUCAGGAUGACGUUAUGUCGGAUGGCACUUUUAAGCUUUCUGUUGGACGAAUAAAUUGCGUGAUUAUUUCUAAAAUUCUAUAUGAUUUACGGAAUUUUAUAAUACCAUUUACGUCUACGUAUUAUACGCGUCUCUUAUAUUACUUGAAAAAUAAAUUCGUUGGAGGGAUUGAACUAUUUAAAAGGAGCGCGACGAAACUGCAUAUUUUUAUUGACAUACAAGGGCCUACUUUUUUACUGCCACAGAAGAAAGAUGCCCCGAGUCUCUUGGUUUUUGAUACAGGUAUAUUAUCGGUUGAAAAUUUUUUUAAGAAUAGUGGACAGUCAGUACAAUCAAUUAAAGUGACUGCUAACGAUAGCAAUCAAUUAAUAAUUGAUAAUAUUUUGGUAAAGUUGAAAUCUAUGACUGUAUCUAGAGCAAUUAUGACUCUGACUCGAGAUUUAGAAGUCCAGGAACCCAUUAUCGAACCUAUACAAAUUCAAUUUGAUAUUAAGAGAAAAACGGAGUAUCGUAGCAUUAUUGAAUUUCAAACCUAUGGUUUAUUCGACAUACAAGGAGCUAUUGAUAUCAUAAAUAUAAACUUAAGUCAGAGAGAUCUCAAAUCCCUCAUAUCGGUGUGGCAAGAUAACAUUUCUAAAAUACCAUUGCUUAAGAAAAUCGGUGAGAAUGAAGAUAGAAUUUUAACACAAGAUUCGCAAAAAAAUACUAACCACGACGAUGAUAUUAUGGUGAAGAAACUGGAAAAUUUCUUAACGCACAAUGAAACAACAUUAUGCGAAGUUAACAUAAAACUUGCCUUGGAGGGUUUGCAAUUAAAUUUGUUUAUGGAUACAGAAGAGGUGUUGAGUUCUCCUGUACGCGAUUUAAAUCACGGUUUAUGCAAGUUGGUCUUUGGAGAAACUAUAAAUACAUGGGACUUUUAUAGCGACAAGAGUUUGAAAAUGAAAUUGUCUUUGCAAAGCUGCUUAUUGCAGGAUACUCGUAAGGAUUCGGUCGUCGAGAAAAGGAUAAUACAAUCACCGGCGAUAUCCUUAGAAAAGAAUUUGGAAUCCUGUAUUUCCGUAUCAAUGUCUCCUAUAGUCGAUGUAACAUAUAGUCGUACUCAAGCAGAGGAAAAGUGUUUCGAUGUUCUUAUUCAAGACAUACGAAUUAAUUUAUCUGUGCCUUUCUUGAUGCACUUGGGACGUUAUUUUCUAGAUUCCUUACCCGGUGAACAGAUAGAGAAAGGAAUUAUCAAUCACGGAUAUGAUAAUAAUAAUCAGAUGAACCGGAAUACUUUAAAUGCAGAAAUUGACAAAUUAAAUCACUCCCAAUAUUUUAAGGAACAGCCAGGUACUUCAAUAUCAAUUAGAAUACAAAAACCAGAUAUCUUUCUAUUCGGUGACUUAGAGAAGAGCAGCACUCAUGUAAUACGAAUGCAAGCGGAAGUGUUUAUUGAAAGUAGCAGACACAGUCGGUCCUCCUCGGUAGUCUGUACGUUGACUAACGUCAAUGCCAAGACUAAAGGACAGGGAAAUUAUGAGUCCCCGUGUUGGUUGUUACGUCCCUGUGAUAUAGAAAUUUGUAAAAAGAAAUUAUCUUGCGGUAACGAAGACAUUACUGUUGCUAUAAAUAAUAUUAAUAUACAUCUAUCAGCGGAAGUGAUGCAUACUUUUAUUGACAUAUUGAAUGAAGCGUCGACUUUCUUGAACAGUAUUAAUUUGAAAACAGACGAUGACAGUAAUCAGAACACAAACGUGCAUAAUCUUUGGACACCAAGAAAAGUUUCUAGUAUACCAUAUAAAAAAACUGACGAACGUAACAGAGAAUUGUAUCGUCGCCGCAACGAUCAAGUAACAUUCAAUUUGAGACCUGUGCUAAUAUGUUUAUUGCUGGAAAUGGAAUACGCCGUAGGAAGAUUUCCAGUAAUGAGAAUGGAAACUGUCAUCACUGCUACCAUUAACGAUUGGCGCAACAAUUUUCACCUUGAAUCCAAUGUAAAACUUCACGCGUUCUGUUACAAUAGAGCUCGUCAGAAUUGGGAACCUUUCAUCGAAUUUUACACGAAAGAUGACAUAGACUAUAGACCAUGGGAAAUCACAAUCAAGAUAUAUCGAGGCGAAGCGAAUAUGAUUAAUUCUGAUUGGACGGACCCUUGCCAUCACAUAAAGCAAGAUCCACUGAAAGCGAGAAAAAAAAAUAUGCAAUACAAUGAAGAGGAUAUGACAGAUAUGACAUUUAUUGGACCUGAUGUCGAUAUGAUCUCAGUUACAAGAAAAGAACCUGAAACCUAUGAUACAUAUGAGGAUGAAUCUGACACGGAUGAUGAUGAGAACGAUACAAAAUUAACAAAAAUUUCAAGUUAUUUAUUUAAUAGUACCAGUGAUGGCGAAGAAAGCGAUUCUGACGAUUCAAGUACAAACGAGGAUGAGGAAUUUGAAUUAAUAUUGGAUUGUAAUCCUGAAUGUUGCAAUCCAGUCACACAUGUACCGACAAAAACGAAUCUCACCGCACCAUAUAUCAUUAUCUAUUCAGAGAACAAAGUUAACAUUACUAUAACGCAAGACAUGAUUGCAACAUGGAAUGCAAUUUCAAACGCAUUUACACAAGCGAGGGGUGGAAUUCCGUUUGUACCCACUAAUACGCGGGAAUUAACUGUGUUAAACGACAUAGGUCACGCAAGUCGAGUUGAGCUGCUUGUUCAAGAGCAAGUGGACGGGAAUAACGACAUGCGUGUCGUAGCUGCAUAUAAUUUUCAUGACGGAAGCUCACCAGUUAGUGCACCUAGCAGUCCUGAGAAUGAACAGGCGGAUCUCACGAGUCCCCAGUGGGCCGGAAAGGAAACCACUGCGAUCGUAUCAGAGUGUAAAGCUUUCCCCAUCGACUCACCAGUGUAUAUCUACAAAUCGAUAACUGAUGAACUUCUUCGUAUCAUCUUUGAAGGGUUCGAAGACGUGUUGGUGUAUUGCCCGAAGAAAGAAACGCGUAAUCUCGUAGCACUUCGUCCUGUGAGACAUGAGGUUCGUUAUUACCUGGUGAUAGAGGCAUCCAUAAACAAUUUUUUGCAUCGUACGAUUUGCGUGCGAUCUCCGUUACAGUUUCGAAAUGAAACUUCAUACGCCUUGGGACUUUAUUACAAGAAAGCGAUGAUAGAUAAAUUGAAUUUGACGCUAACCGGUGAAACUACGAAUCCUUUCGAUGAUAAUGUGAGAAUGGCGAUCAUAGAACCUGAUGCAACAUAUAAUAUACCUUUAUAUAUCGCUUAUCAUUGCCCAAUACAUGUUCUUCCUGCAUAUCUAGAGAAAUAUCAAGUUAGUGAAGAAGGAAUUUAUUGGAAAGAUUUGAGGGGUAUAGCAAAUGCAUUUAAGGAUGUAUGCUGCGAAGCGAAAGGCGAUAAUAAUCGUAAUGUAUUCUGUGUCAGAGCGAUAUGCACGGAACUUCCAUUAACGACUCGUCCCUCAGGUUGUCAAGUGCCGAAUUACUUGAUAAAUAUCGUUCCACCUAUUAUUUUUAAUAAUCAGCUACCUUUUGUUAUCGAUGUCAGUAUACCUGGCAUCAAUUACGAAGUAAAAAUCGAACCCGGGGAGAAAAUAAAUAUGCAUUCUUUAAAUCAUGGCAAUAACGUACAGUUUGUUUUCAAGAUACACAACUAUUUAGGCAUGUCUUGGAUGGGUGCAGUAAAACUAAAUAUGAAUCUGGAGCGCAAGUUCGUAUUAAUGUCUACAGAUAACGAGUCAGACUUAAUGAAGCCUUUUCUGCUGUGUUUAGAAUUGUGCAAAAUUCUCAGUUGGAACAUUAUUAUACAAUCGCAAUAUUGGAUAAUAAAUAAAUCUGGCUUACCGUUGUUUAUCCAGGACUGUCAUUCUCAUAUAACGUAUGAGAUGCCGGAGGAGGAGUUAAUGAUAUUCUCUCAAAAGAACAAUAAGAAGAGUAUGGUACGAUUAAGAGCACAUCAAUCUGAAUGGUCAAUGCCAUUUGGACUGGACGGGAUUACGUCAAUGUCAUUGAUCAUAUGUCGCGAUAUCGAACGCGGACGAAAGUAUCAGAUUUUAACAGAGAUAGAGAGCUCACGUUUGUCGCCAAUCUUCACAAAGAUCAUAACGUUUCUACCAUACUUCUUCAUCUGCAACAAAACCAAGAGAGCCUUGAGAUUCAUGGAAGAGAAUGAAGAAGCCGAUCUUUGGAACGACCUCUUGCCCGGGCAAGAGAUGUCAUUCUGGCCCGCCACUGAAUCUAUGAAGAUGAAAAUAAAGUGGAGAAAUAGCCAAUUGGUUUCGCAACACUUUGAUAUUACGCAUGCGGGCAAAACUGUGUUGAGAAUGGAUAACGGGUCGGCACUAUGCGUGGAGAUCGAAGGCGGCGUCAGUACUCCGUACCGUAUAACAUUCCGGAGAUAUAUCACUGGUGAUAUACCAGUGAGAGUGGAUAAUCUCUGCGACAAAUUAUUUCUGAAGCUGAAUCAAAUUAAUUUAGGCCAAGUCGCAUUGCUCAAACCAUUUCAAAGUUUAUUAUAUACAUGGGACGAUCCUACUCAAACUAGAGAAUUGAUUUGGAAUGUUUACAGUAAUAAUGCAAUUGGUUACAGAGCACAAUUUGAGAUGGAUGGUUGUGGGCAGGAAAAAGUAUCUUUCAUAACCAUCGAACGACGCCACAGUGCGUCUUAUUCUUCCGUUACUCCCAAGUCACUAGCGAAUACGAAGUCGUGGUCGGAGGAUACGAGUGGAAAUGUCAAUCACGUUCCUAGCGCGGAAUCCGAGGCGAAGUCGCAAAUGUCGGAGCAUAUGCACCAGGGUGAAGCAAUGGUUUACUGGGUGAGCUAUAUGGAAGGUGAGCAACGCGUGAUGCUGUUCACACAGCACGAGAGCGUGUACCUUAAAGCAAGGAGUAUUAUCGAUCCUGAGGCGAGCAAAAGAGAAAUAUUCUUGUCAAUUGCAGCUAUUGGAAUAAGUGUUGUUGUACAUGAAUCCAAUCCUCAUAACUCCAGACGGGAGUUACUGUACGCUAGUGUGAUCGACUCAGCCGCGCAUUGGGAACUUUACUUCAGCAAACGAUGGAGGAAUCUAUCGCUGGAGCUGAGUGCCUGGUUAGAAAAUAAAUACACGAAUUCCGCGAAGACGGCACAGCUUGAGAAUUUCAUUGACGUUGACUUCACAAAAAUGCAGAUGACAAAACCAUUCUUUGGCAAGCUGCGAAGAACGUAUUCACCAGGUAUCUGGUUACAUUGUAGGGAAUCCACGACGCUUUGUUACUUGCAAGGAUACAUUCAUAGAAUACAGAUCGAUAAUCAACUGAAUGAAGCUACCUUCCCGGUAGUUCUAUAUCCCAACUUGGAAAAGACUUUUGUGAAUUAUGCUGGAAGCCGCAAAUUGAAACAUUGCUUAGAAUUCUCGUACCUGAAACAACGCAAAUUAAGAAGCAUUAUUUACAAAGGAAUAUGUGUCAUCGUCAGAGAGUUUAAUUUGAAUAUAGAAGAGUCCUUCCUCAGUUCCUUGAUCAAUUUAGUACCUAAGACACCGGAAACUAAACAUUCGAUUGCCGCGAAAUUAAGGAGAGAUGUGUCCAAUAUGCGCGUUUCUUCAGUUCGCAAUAUUAGUAAUAACACAAAUGGCAAAGGAAAAGAUUUAAUAGAGCAGAUAUACAUCUCCCCGAUAGCAUUACGCUUGAGAUUAUUGGCUAAUACGGACGGAACUAAUACGCGUAAUUUCAACAACGUGCUUGGUUAUCACAAUGUUCUUCGAUUUAUUUUCGAGUAUGCAGAGAAGGGUACGUUUAAGAGGGACGUUGAAUUCAGAUUGCCUGACUAUCGAAAAAGUUUCAUGACCGUGGAUAACAAAUGGUUCCUCUCCCAUCUUUCACGUAUCUACAUGGCGCAGAUUAUGGAACAGUUCCACGUGCUGGUCCGCUUAACUACCGUCCUGGGAAAUCAGUAUGGCUACAACUUUAAGUCGCCAGGGAGCAAUUUCUGCGAGCCGGAUUUGCUAUUGAUGUGUGGGGACGAGUCUGCGGAGAAACUGGCACACGAGGUCGCAUGUGAGCUAGGAUAUGCUACGCCCGAUGGUAUACAAGCCUCAUUUUUAAGCGGCCAUGACGCUCACACGCUUCAUUACAAGAUGAAAGAUACAAAUUAUCGAAAUCCAGAUGUUCCGCCUUUGGCGUUUUUAGUCGAUCAUUCAUUCGCUACAGAAAUUGAUUUGGAGACUUCUGGCUUGAUCACUACGUCGACGAAUAGCAUUCAUCGAGAAGAAUUAAGAUAUUUCUUCAAAACAUUGGGAAAGAAAACAUCUGUGCUCUUCAAGGCGGAAAGUUCUUAUUUGAAAACUUAUUCGAAAGUAAUAGCAGAUAUAAUAAAAAGGGCGCAAGAGGUGGGCCUCGUAUCCAGAAUGCGAUUGCCGCGAUAUAUUAAUCCACAUUUCGGCGUAGAAUCAUUUUCGACGCAUAAAGCGAAAGGAGCGUACUUAUUAAACGCUAUAAGUAAAGGUCAUUGCGUUCAGAACGAUUCUUAUUGGGGACACGCUACGCUUCACAGCGAUGGAAAAUACAUUACGCUCGUAUCUUUGCAACGGAUAUACUAUAUCGAGAAAGGAAAUGCAUGGGGAUCAUGGAAUGUGAAAUGGACUUUGGAAACUAAUCAAUUGCUAUCACCACCAACCAUCGCUAAGAAUAAACUUGUUUUGCAUAUAGAGAACGAGAAAGAGACAUCGUCGUCUAUGGUAGAUUGGUAUGUGGAGAGCGAGGCCGAGGACAUCCUGAAUUGGCUGUGUCGCAAAAUGAACAACGCAAUGAUCCUGAACAUGGAGAACAGCAUUUGUUCCAAAUGAAAAUAUUUGUUGGUUAAUGAGGCCAUCGCAAAGAGGAAACAAAGAACAAAGAGGAUGAAGAGAUCAGUGUAUUUACAUAUUUAGUUCGGCGUAAUAAAAGUCUAUACGGUGAAUGCAAAAAAAAAAGAAAAACGCUA